CAGAAAGGAAGGUGGCCGUUGUUAUCAGGUAACAAAAACAAUUAAUAACUUAAUAAUUAGCCGUUAAAAAUCGUUAUAAAAAUUAAUCGGAAUUUCUGAAAUAGUAGAGGUGAUAUAAGUUGAGUGUUUUGUGAUCAUAAGUAUGGAGAACUUGGGGAAAGUGGAGAGACAUGAAGAACAUGAAAGUCCAAAAAUGAAGACAUCUACCCUCGAUCGGGAGCUCCACGAGGUGGUUAGUAACAAGGAGAUGCUUUCUCGUGCAGUAGAGAUGUUUUUUGAUAACAUUAUCGACAAAAUAUUAUUAGGAAUUGUAUUUGAUAUGCAUAGAAAAUAUAAAACCAAUAGUUUUGAUCCAAUCUCUGAAGAAAUACCCCCUGAGAUACCAGAAGAAGCACUUUAUACUGAUAUAUUUGGCCCCUUAAAAAAGAAAGUUCCAAACUGUUUAUGUCCUAACUGUGAUAGACUUGUUGGUGCCGGAAGAUUUGCCCCACAUCUUGAAGGUUGUAUGGGGAUGAAAGAAUCAAGAACUGCUACUAGAAGAAUUGCUAGCAAUAAUAGUGUAAACAGUAGCAAAGAAAAAAAAAAUGAAAACACCGCUAACUAUGGAAGCACUGCCAGUGAUGAUGAAUAUAAUUCUGAUUGGGACUGGGGAGAUAAGAGACGUAAGAAGAAGUACAAGAAUGGAAACAAGAAGAAAUGUACAACUAAUGUUAAGAAGACUGCUGAAUCAGAAACAGUAGAGGCAAUGAACAUCGAUGUGGAAGGUGAGGAUGAUUAUUUAUCAAAUCUAAGAGAUUUACUCCAAGAUUCUUCUAACAAUAGCUCUCCAAGUGACUCACCUGUCUCUAAAAAAAAAGAAAAAUCUGCCAAGAAUAAAAAAGGAAUCCGCAAAGACAGAGCAAGCCCCAACACCAGCUUCAAUGUAGACUGAAAACAACUGGAAACUUUGACUGAGCACCCGAUUAUUUUUCAUUUAGCAUUAAGGAGUAAAUAAUUGUGAUUACUGUAUGUGGGUCUUUGUUUAUAGAAAAACACUUAAACAUAAUACGCUUAGAAUGAAUCGUUUUUUCUACUAGAAAAUACUAUACAUUAUUCACAUAUUAGUUAAAGAUUGCCUUAAAGUUUGUACUCUUUCUUGUUCUUGUCUAACUAGUUUUAAACUUCGUUUGUGUUGUCGUACUGGCAUUUAUUAUAAUCUGUGUUACAAUUUUUUUAAAGCAAGCAGAAAAGCUGCUUU